AUGUCACCUAGUACUAGAAAAAGAGUUAUAUCGUUUAACGAAUUACAAAAAUCAGUUAGACUGAAAGCUCAUUUGAGGAAGGUGAAUGACAAACCAUCGAUGAAAAAGAUAUCACGACAAUCUCAGACUACCGAAACUGAGUCAGAACCUAUUCCUCCUUUGGUGAAUACUACAUCUCCGUCUCCUCCAAUUCAAAACCCAAAUAGUAUUGAACAUCACAACCACCGUGAUGAUUCAACUGAAGGACCAGUGGCUGCUGAAGUUAAUACGGCUGGUGAAAUUGAAACCAUGUCCGGUGAACCAACAAACGUCGAUGAAGGUCCUCUUCCAAAAAAGAAUGGUAGAGGGAAAGCUAGAGGAUUGAAGUUAAAAAAAAUGACUAAAGAUGGUUCAAAAAUUGGUGGAAUUUUGAUUGCAAAAACAAACAGAUUACCAAUUGGUCCUUCAGAAAAGAUAUUCAAAAUGGAAAUUGGUAUUGUCACUCGAUUAAUGGCACCGCUAGGUAAACUUUAUUGGUCUCAAAUAAGCGCUGAACAAAAGGAAGCUUUACUUACAACUAUUCAGGGUGAAUUUGAGAUUGAUUUAAGUGAUCCACAUGCAAGAGAAGUAGUAUAUGGAAUGAUGGCUAGACGAUUUAGAAACUUCAAGUAUCAGUGUCACUUACACUAUAAGAUGUUCUCUACUCGUGAGGAAGCCGAAAAACAUCCACCCAAGGAUGUAAAAAUUAACGAUUGGAAGAACUUCAUAUCUGAGAAGCUCAAACUCGAUGUAAGGCUUGAAACUCUUCGAGUUUUAUGCCUUGCCUCGAGUUCAAAUGUCUACAUAGUUAACGAAACAUCUGAAGUCAUUGAUGAAGAGCCACCUGAAAUGAGGCUCUACUGUCAAGCACACCAUAAAAAAGACGGCUCAUGGAUUGACCCACAAACUGGAGAUAAAUACGAACAAAUGGAAGCUAUUCGCUCAACAGCACUCGAGGAAGGCGUUGCAAUUGAUGGGAUGAAAAUUAUACAAAAGGUUUUGGAUAUACCGAAAUCUGGUUAUGCUCGUGUACUCGGAUAUGGAGCCAAACGGAUAACAGCUAAAGAAUCAGAGUUUGAAGCUCGUUUACAAGCUGAGAAGUUUGAGACUGAAAAGCAAGUUAAAGAACUAAAUGACCAAAUUCAAAAUCAACAGGUGAAAAUUGACAACAUUUCUCAAUCAUAUAGCAAACUCAAGCAUCUUGUUCAACAAAUGCUGAAUGCAAAAGAUGAUGAGGAAAUAUAUAUUGAUGGCAACGAAAUAUGUAUUGAUGGCUGCGAAAAAUUUCUUGAUGAUGAACCAUCUAAUGAUUGUGUCGCAGUAAAAGCGAAGGAGGAAAAGGUGAACAUUAAGGAGAUUAAGGAAAUGUCAAAAGAAGUUCGACUCUUAACGGAAGAUUUAGACAGGAGGAUGAAGUAUAAGAAUAACGAAAGUAUUUCAAAUAAGGAUCAUUUAGAUGCUUAG